AGAGUGAGCCUAGGGCCUGGUACUGUAGGGUUUGACAGAUUGAAUUUGAAACUUAACGAGCUGAACAUGAUUCUUAAUACAAGUUAAUAUGUAUGUUGAUUGAGGCUGAACAUUGGAUUUACUGCAAAACUGGAGAAUGGUCUCAUCCAGAUCAAGAAGAGAACAACAUUCAGCACAAUGACUGGUUUCUUGUCCUGACAAAGACCAGCUACAGACGCCGCCUACUAAAAGCUUAGUUGUGUAAAGGGAGACCACCGCCAUGUCUGGUCAUCCACCACCGGCUUCACAACAAGGCAGUCGCCGGAGUGGAGGAGGUGGUGAAGAUGUUAGGUCAACAAGAGGAUCUGGUAGAGGAGGCGGAGGCCGUGUGACCUUUUACCUGCACGCCGUGACUGAUGAACAGGCUGCUGUCCUCACUGACGACAGUAACCAAUGCUCACUCCAAGAGAUCAAGAUGAAGACAGGCGCUGAUGUACAGCUCGACUCUAACCCCUCACCUGUACCAGGUAUGAAGAUUGUCGUCAUCCAAGGUGUUCCAGGUCAGAUCGAGGCAGCAGUCGGAUUCAUCAGUGAGAAGACAGGCGUACAGGAAACCAUCUCAGUACAAGCCCAGGCAUUCUGGUUACAAUGGGUGGAGGCCGCGUUCCCUGAUCUCGACUCACGCGCCUACUUCCUGCCUCCUGUCUACGUCAACCGCGUGCCCAUGACUAGACAGUCGGUAUCUGACCAGAAUGUUCUGGUUCUUCAUCCAUCAUCUACUCAAGGUGUUGAGCUAAACCAGGCGACCAGGAUUCCAUCCACUGCUGCUCAGGACUCUAUUUCGCAACCUUCUCCUGUCCAGGACAGUGACAUAAGAGAGGAUAAAGCCAUGGAGCGGCUGCUCGUCUGUCUGCAGACGAUGUCAGAACAAAAUAAAGAAGUCUUAGUUGGAAUAAGUCACUUGAGGUAUGGACAGUACCUGGGCGAACCAUGCUACGCUGCUGCGGCUGCCCACUUGCCUUCAACUAAGACAUUUCCCAGUGGUUUGUCAAGGGACAGACAGGGAAACUUUGAUCUUCUCCUCAUUCAUCGACAUUAUGGUCUUGUCGUCUGUCAAGUGAAAGCUUUUGGAAGUAACUGGAGCAAAUGUGACAUGUUCCAACAAGAUAUAUGCAGUAAUCUUAAGAUAAAACUUAAAGAAGCCAUACAAUCGUUAAACAAGGCGGAGGCCAUGUUGUCUCACCUGGUGUCUGACAUCGCUUCCGGUCUGCGCAUCACUAAGACCAUCGCUUUCCCCAACCUCACGGCUCGUCAGGUACAACAGGCUGUCUCUGAUGACACCCACACCACUGAGGAACUGUGUCGGUGUCUGGGAACAUCAGACUCCGCCGACAUCCCAGAAACUGUGAACUGCCUGCAGUGA